AUGCAUUCUGUAGAAAAUGAACAAGGAAAUUUAUUUUUUAUCAAUGGACAUGGUGGCACUGGUAAAACAUUUUUAUGGAAUACAAUUAUUGCAAAGCUUAGAUCUCAAUCCAAAAUAGUCUUGCAUGUAGCAACUUCAAGAAUAUCUGCUUUGUUAUUGCCUAAUGGUAAGACAACUCAUUCAAGAUUUCAUAUUUCUUUGGAUGUUACAGCAGAGUCAACUUGUGAAAUUCGUCAAGGUACCCUAUUAGCUAAACUUCUUAUGAAAACUUCAUUGAUCAUUUGGGAUGAAACACCUAUGAUAGGAGAUGGUUCAUUAUAUGAUGACAUUGACAGAGAAUUAAUUAAACUUCCUUCUGAUAUAUGCAAAAAUUUAUCUCAAGAUCCAGUGAAAUUCAUAGUUGAAGCUAUCUACCCAUCGCUUUUACAAAACUACAAUGAUCCUGCAUAUUUGAAAGAAAGAGCAAUAUUAACACCAAUAAAUGAAAUGGUCCAUGGAUUGAAUGAAAUGAUUAUGAAUAUUAUACCAGAUGAAGAGAGAAUAUAUUAUAGCUCAGACACUAUAUGCAAAGCAAAUAUAAGGACAAGUGAUGAUGAUCUUUUGUAUCCACCUGAAUUUUUGCAUAGUUUGAAAUUUAAUGCAAUACCAAAUCACGACAUUCGACUUAAGGAAGGUGUUCCAGUAAUGCUCCUUAGAAAUCUAAAUCAAACAGAAGGCUUAUGCAAUAACACAAGAUUGAUUGUUAUACAUCUUAGGAAAUGGUCCAUUAGAGCUUACAUUAUUUCUGGAACAAAUAUCGGUGAAAACGUCACAAUCCCAAGAAUUAUCAUGUCUCCCAACAAAUUGAAAUGGUCAUUAAAGCUUAAUAGACGACAACUUUCUUUAGCACCAUGUUUUGCUAUGACAAUAUAUAAAGUCAAGUACAAUCUCUUAAACAUGUUGAUUAUAUCUCCCUAA